AGUUCCUCGAAAACCAUGAUUGCGAAUGGACGACAAGCAAGGUGGCGCCAUAGUUCCCUGGCCAGUUUUCUUCUCCUGGCCAUAGGACUUUGCCAAGGAUCGGGAAUGGCCCUAGCCCAACCUGAAGGACGAGUGGUGGGUGGUACGGCGGCGGCGGCCAAUAGUGCUCCCUACAUAGUAUCGAUGCAGUACGGCGGAACGCAUUAUUGUGCCGCUAGUAUCCUGAAUGCCAACUGGCUGGUAACUGCUGCCCAUUGCCUUUCGAAUAGAAACCAGGUGCUGGGAAGUACCCUCGUGGCGGGAAGCAUUGCGGUGGCCGGAACAGCGAGCACCACCCAAAAGCGGAAAAUCACCCACUACGUAAUUAAUGAUCUUUAUACCGGAGGUACCGUUCCCUACGAUAUCGGACUGAUCUACACGCCCACCGCCUUCGUUUGGAGCGCUGCAGUGGCUGCGGUCAAGCUGCCAUCUUCCGGAUCGAGACCCACGGGAUCGGCCAAUCUAUUCGGAUGGGGCAGCACCAGCAAAACCAACAGCCCCUCGUAUCCCGCCACCCUCCAGGAGGCCAAGAACAUUCCCAUCAUCAGCCUGAACUCGUGUGCCCCGGCAUUGGGCACCAAGGGUCAGGAUGUCCACACCACGAAUCUGUGCACGGGUCCUCUCACCGGCGGCACCAGCUUUUGCACCUCCGAUUCGGGAGGUCCACUCGUUCAGGGAAAUGUCCUAAUCGGCAUUGUGUCCUGGGGAAAGCUGCCAUGCGGUCAGCCAAACUCGCCGUCCGUUUAUGUCCAGGUCUCAUCGUUUAUCUCCUGGAUAGCUGCUAAUCAGAAGAUAUGA